GUCAGCACACCGGCGGGUAAGCCGCGGGAUCCACCACCCGGGUCAUGUGUGUGCGAGGAGUGAGAGUUGAGCCGGUGUUUUAGCGUGUGUUUCCCGCAGAAUAGUGCGGUAAAAUGGCGGAGGAGAGAUCAGAUGAACGACUGGAGGCCCAAUGAGAGUUUGAUCCACGAAUGAGAUCCAGUGACCAAACUGAAGGAUCUUGUUCAUCUCAAAGACCAGCUGGAGGAGAUCCAGAAGAAGGUGGAGAAUGAGGUUCAAGCUGGAGUCCCACAGGGUGGCUCAUUAUUAGCAUCUCCAUUUCUGAAAGGUUUUCUGGCCGGGUAUGUGGUGUCCAGACUGCGCUCUUCUGCUGUCCUCGGAGUGGCUUUGGGGACGCUGAGUGGGAUAUUCGCCGCUCAAAACUAUCAGGUGCCCAACAUCGAGGCCACUCUACGGGACAUCCUGAACUCUCUUAAGAAAAGACCUGGAGAAUAACAGCAGACCAAAGAGGAGGAGGAAACGCAUCAUCACCGCUGGCGUUUGUGUUAUUGCCACUCCUUCCCUCAACAAAACUGCUGAUCUGAAUCACAUUUUGUUUUGAGGUCUAUAUAAGUGCCACAUGACCGACCGAACAUGAUCGCAAUCUCAGCAGAUGAAUCUCCAGAAUCCUCUUCUCCUGCUCUCCGCCUCCGCUGGCUGUUUCUCCUGCUCCUGCUGGUGUUGAUCUACGGCUCUCACGCUCCUCUGCUCUCGCUCUGCAAAACACAAGCACAGAUCCCCUUCAGCGCUUCAUCAUGUGUGCUCCUCAUCGAGACCUCCAAACUCUUCAUCUCCUUCGCUUCCCUACUAGCAUCCGGGAGCGUUUCUACUCUCCGAAUUUCCAUAUCCAUGACGACAGCAUCCCCGUACGCCGUUCCCGCCGUCCUCUACGCCUUCAACAACCAUCUAGUGGUCUUCAUGCAGGCCUACAUGGACCCCAGCUCCUUCCAGGUGCUCAGUAACCUCAAGAUUGCCUCCACAGCUCUCCUCUAUACAUCAUGCUUAGGAAAGCGUUUGCAUCGCAGACAAUGGUUUGCUAUGGGCUUGCUAGUAUCUGCCGGCGUUUCUCACAGCUGCUUUAGUUACGAUUUGGAAGGUAAACAGGAAACGGCGGUUUACAUCACUUCCUGGGGUUUGCUGUUGGUUCUUGUGUAUUGUUUUGUGUCGGGUUUGGCUGCCGUUUAUACCGAACGCGUGCUGAAAAGCCAACGUCUGCCGUUGAGCAUGCAGAAUCUGUUUCUGUACGCGUUCGGUGUUGUGGUCAAUCUGGCGUCACAUCUGUCCGGCGGGGAACAGAAAGGGUUUUUUGAGGGUUAUUCGGCUGUGGUUUGGGUUAUUGUCGCCGGACAGGUUGCCAAUGGACUGCUUAUGUCUGUGGUCAUGAAACAUGGAACGGGAAUCACACGUUUGUUUGUGAUUUCGUCAGCGAUGCUAGUCAAUGCUGUGUUGUCCUGGGGGAUUCUGGGAGUUCAGCUUACUGGGUACUUCCUGUUUCCUGUUGUGCUGAUUGGAUGGGCGGUGUACCUGUAUUAUACGUAAAGGAGUAACCACUGACAACCGCAUUUAAGUAAUUGCUUUAUAAAAUCAGAUCAUUAUUGGCCUUUAGAUUGUAAAACAAAUGUAUUUUAUUUUUUUAUGUAGUAGUAUUAGUAGCAGAAGUAGGAGGAAGUGUUAGAAUUCGAUACCAAUUGGUACUGAAGUUUUAAAAACGUCCAUUUUCCGCUAAUAUUCGAGCGCUGUUGAGCUCGUUCUUAAACAGCGCUGAUUUGCCUUUGUGUUCAGGUGCUUAACGGAAAGGACUGUGAUUGGCCGUGAAGUAGGUUUGGGCGAUGUCGACCAUUUUUGCAUCGUACAAUGUCUUAUAUGAAACAUCGCGAUGAACGAUGGCAUCGUCGUAAUUAGCGGAGGUGAAUUAAUCAUUUAUGAAUAAUUAAUUAAGUCAUGGCGGCGCAGUGGGUAGCACGUUCGCCUUACAUCAAGAAGGUCGCUGGGUCGCUGGUUCGAUCCUCGGCUCAGUUGGUGUUUCUGUGUGGAGUUUGAAUUUUCUCCCUGCCUUCGCGUGGGUUUCCUCCGGGUACUCCAGUUUCCCCCACAGUCCAAAGACAUGCGGUACAGGUGAAUUGGGUAGGCUAAAUUGUCUGUAGUGUAUGAGUGUGUGUGUGUGUAUGUGUGCAUGUUUCCCAGAAAUGGGUUGCGGCUGGAAUGGCAUCCGCUGCGUAAAAAAUUGCUGGAUAAGUUGGCGGUUCAUUCCGCUGUGGCGACCCCAGAUUAAUAAAGGGACUAAGCCGACAAGAAAAUUAAUGAAUGAAUGAAUAAUUAAUUAAGUCAUAACGAAGUUAUUAUUUGUAGCCUAAUGUUUCAACUACCUGACCCUCAUGGUCUUUGUUUUACCCAUUAACAAAUCAUAAAUAAAUAAAGAUAAGCUGCACACAAAUUACCACCUGUCAAUCACUUUUUCCGCGGGAGGUUGGUCGGUUAAAAAGGUGCACAACCAACAGUAUCUGAGGUUUUCACUAAAAAAAUUACUAAGUACAAGUGUGAAAGUAAAAGACUGAAGCAGUGUACUGACGCUGUGACACGUUACCUGCUAGAUUCAAGAGACAGAAGAGUCGUUAGAUAGAGACAAGAUUAAUUAAACAUCACGUUUAACAACUGUAUUGAGACACGAUCCAGCGGUACAUCCUUUAUAAACUGUCUGACGUGCACUGCUCUCUGGAGCUCAGGCGAGCGCAUGACAGUGUGUGUGGCUGUGUGUGUGUGGUCACGUGAAAUAAAAUGUUCAGCUGAAAUAAAAUGCUGUUCAGAAAUGCUAGAUGUAACGUCAGUGUGGAUAUGGAUCAUUUUCGUAUUAAAAUGGCAUUUAAAAGUAAGACAUAUUAGUGUAAACGAGGCCUAAAUGUGUAUUUUUCGGGAGCGGGCUUGCGUUGGUGGUGGGGUGGAGGAUCGGCCAUGCCGGCUCAGCAUCGAUUUGUCUAUUGGCCAUCGGCGAUGGACGAUGGCAUCGUCUAUCGGCCCAACCCUACUGUGAAGGUCAUCAGUUCACCAAACUCACCGCUGUUUACUGAGUGUAACCACAAUUACAGGGAAACGAGCAUUUUAAAGCUGGGAAGAUCAGCUGGUCUGCAUAUAAGCUGACAUAAGAUAGAUCCGCUGAUGAAGCGACUGAUCUUCACGGCUUUAAACUGUCUUUUUUUUGCUUUUUUAUUAUUUUUUUACAUACUGUAUGCUGAAGCAGCAUCUCUGAUUAUUUCAUAUCCCUCUUUUGUUGUUGUUGUUCAGCAAGAGUCUUUAUAUAUCCCUCUGCCUUUGUCCUCAUUCUGGAGGUGCAUCUUACUGUGAACAUCUCAUGAAUAAGACUGAAUGUCGUUUUUUUUCUGUUGUAUGCAUUUAUUUUGCUCAAAUGUGUUGAAAUGAAUACAUGUGGUGCAGCGUACAUAUUGUAUGAUUUAUGCAAAUAAAUAUGACAGAUAAUUUUCA